AUGAUGCCAAUGUCUAAUAUACAUUGUUUAAUAUGCAAUAUAAAUCUUGAUGUUUCAUCCUGCGUAAAUAUAUUUUCUACAUCUUUUCCUAGACAUGAGGAAAUGUUGAUAAAUUUUGUAUCACGUGUACUUCGCAUUGCUACUUCUGAAUUACAGAAUCCUUACAUUUGUUCACAAUGCUACAAUUUGUUUCAAAUGUUAGAACAAGCACAAAAAACUGUUUUAAAUAUACGUUGUGAAAUUUUAAAAAUAUAUCGUGCUACUGAAAGAAGAAAAAGUAUUAAACAAUCAAUAAACAAUGAUACAAAAUUGAAUCUGUGUACAAAUAUAAUAUUAGAAGAAAAAAAAUUAAGUAAUGGUGAUGAAAAUUUAAAGGGAGGAUCAAAUUUGCAAACAUUUCAAAUUGAGGAAGUAGUGCAACAACAAUGUGUUCAAAAUAAUGUAGUAAACCAAAAUAUAAAUAUUCCAAAUAUAGAUUUUGUCAGUAACAAUAAAAUUAAUGCAGAAUUAAAGAAACAUUUCAAGAAGAAAACAACUGAUUGCAAUGAAGUAGAUAAUAUAAAAUCAUUUGAUUAUAAUAAUACUCAUAUUAAUAUAAAAAAGGAUGAAAUUUUUAAAAAUGAUGUACUUCAUAAUUCAAUAGCAUUAAUUAAUGACAAUACUGUGUACAAUAUUAAUACUUCACAAGCAAACUUGCAUGCACUGAAAAUGCAUGUUGAGGAAAAUAAUUUUCUUUCACUAAUAACAUGUGAAAAAAAUGAACCAAAGAAGUCCAUAACAACAGAUUCCAUAUUUUCUGAUAAUGGUUUGCAAGUAUCAAAUGCUGAUUUCAAGUGGAAAGAAGUAAAUGAAAAUAUUACAGAAGUAAAAGAAAAUACUGAAAACACAACAGUGACACAAGUUGAUGAGAUAAAAAUACCUUUAAAAUCAGGAAAGAUAUCUAAAUAUGAUUUAAAACCAUUGAAAUAUUCUUGUCCUACUUGUGAUAAAAGAUGGAGAACAUCAGCUGAGUUAAAAACACACAUAAAAACUCAUUCAUCAUUAAGGCCAUACAUGUGUGAAAAAUGUGGUCAGGCAUAUAAGCAUAAGCAUGCAUUAGAAAUACAUGUUGGAAUGCAUAAUGGAAUAAAUCCAUUUCAAUGCAAUUUUUGCAAUAAGUGCUUUACACAAAAAGGGGCACUUAUGAGACAUUUACCAAUGCAUACUGGUGAAAUGCCCUACCAAUGUGAAUUAUGUGGCAAAAGGUUUAUACACCAUACAUCAUACAAUAUGCACAGAUUAUCACAUACUGGACAAAAAUCUUAUAAGUGUCAUAUGUGUGAUUUAUCUUUGCUUUCAACAUCUCAUUUAAAAAGGCAUAUGCGAGUUCAUACAGGUGAAAAACCAUUUAGUUGUACAGUAUGUGGAAAACGUUUUGCGGAACGAUAUAAUCUAUUUGCUCAUCAAAAAAUUCAUGAUCCACUUGAAAGCAAAACCAAGAAAACUAAAGAAAUGAAAUACCAAUGUAAUCAUUGUAAUGUAGUAUUUAAACAGAAGCAAAAUUUGAAUGAUCAUAUGAAGCAUCAUAGUACAAAUAAUGAAUCUGAUCUCAAAAAGUCACAAUGUACAGUUCUUCAAGUUGAAACAGAAACUCAAGAGUUAUCAAAAAAAGUAGAUUCUGAACAUUGUGUACUGCAACAAACGUGGAUUCAAAUGAAUCGCUCUAAACUUGAUAUUAUUGAUAAUCAAGCAAGAUUUGUGCUUUUACAGAAUCCUUUACCUGAAAUUGAUGAAAACUCUUUUGCAGUUACAUUUAGUGACCAAAAAAUAUCCUUAGGAAGUACAAAUUAUAAUACAAAUUUGCAAGUAAUUAUAGAACCAUCAGAUGCAUCACUUUUAAGCAACAAUCUUUCUUCUAUUGAUAAAAUACAUAUGUGA